AUGGUUGUAAGCAAGUAUAUUAAAAGUGUGAUCGACAAAAAUUAUUUAGAAAUAAGGGCAAUAGUCCCUUUGGUAGAUAUAUCGUAUGAUUUGCGGGCUAUACAAAUCCUAUCCAAUGAAGAAGUUGAAAAGCUAAGAGAUGACUGUAAAUCUGACAAAGAACGAGCCUUUGAAUUCCUAAAAAUACUGGAAUCAAGCAGUGACGAAAAUUUUUAUCAAUUCUGCAGCUUACUAAAAGUGAGUAAUAUUCGAAAUGUUCAGAAACUUGGCGAGCGAUUAGAAAAAGAGGCCUAUAAAACUACAGAAAUAAAAGAACACUCUAAAAAUCAUUAUCAGGUACUGAAUAACCUACAUCAAUCAAUAGAAGAAAAUCCUAUUUUGCAUCCUUUUCGCAACAUGAUAUCCAAGUUGCUCGAUUGGAAUUCACCAUCCUAUACAUCAUCCUCACUAAUCGAUGGGACUUUGGAAUCAAGUUUCAAUUCUUUGGAUGAAGAUAAAAUGCGAUUAUUUGAGCAGUUGGCUGUAUUUAAGCGAGUCAAUAUUCCCAUUCAAUCUGUUGUAUCGUUAUGGAACUGCAAUCAAACGAAAGCUCAUCUUUACUUAACGGAAAUGAAUAAUAAAUCAUUACUUACUUACGAGUAUGAUGCAGACAAAUCUUACUGUGUUUUACACGAUUUGAUGGUGGACUAUCUACACCAACGACUCUACUCACAGACAUCCAGCCAAGAUUAUUGCAAAAUACUAAACAAAAUGUUGAUCGAUGGUUACCCUGAAAGUAAUGAAGAUCUUCAAACUAUUAUGACUGAUUUCAAUUGGAUGAAAUGUAAAAUCCAAUCAGACAAAACGAUCUAUAACCUCGUCUGCGAUUUAACAGACUAUAUCGACUAUCUAAAGGAAAGAAAAGAGAACGGGAAGGACCUUCGUCAACUCGUGGUGCUUCUCAAGCAACAACAACCUCGCCUAGAUGCUGUCGAUGCAGAUAUCAUUAAAAUGAUCUUAUGGGAUGAUAUGUCAGAUAGUUGGAUGAAAAAACGAGCUUUACAAUUAGCUAAGGAAAAUGUGCGAAAUGGCGAUGACAAUUUAAGUUACUGGAGCAUGUCAGAGUGUUCAACUGGUGCAACAACGACUGAAUAUACUUAUGAUGUAUGCCAACGAUUCGGUAAGAAUGAACACGACAAAUUUAUAUCAGUUUCGAAUCCCGACUUUGGACCUUUGCGAAUAAUUGGUAGUGAAAAUAAUGGUACACAAGACUUGCAAAUUGUGAUUAAAGAUUAUCAAACAUCAAAAAUUGAACUUAAAAUAUCUCCAUAUACCUGGAUUGAUAGUGUUGAAAUCUCAGCUGACGGUCGGACUGUAGCCUUCAAGUCUAAUGAGUGGAUCGUUCACGAUAUCGAUAAAAAUAAAGAAAUAGACUUUGCUAAAAACGAAGAAGGGAAAGUCAUUAAAACUGAUUUUUGUUCGUUACAAUUUUGCCCUGCUGUAUCUGAAACCAAAGUCAUCAUGACACUCUCUAAAGAUCGCCGUGAAGUUACGAUUUGGAAGAUUGAGGGGAAUUGCAUUAGACCUUUGAAUAAGCGAAUACUAUGCCAAUACAACAUACGAUAUUGUCAAUGGGUACAAGUGCAUGAUAGCGUUCGUGUCUUGUUGGGGUGGAGAAAUUUUAAUGAAUUUGGUAAAAGUCGACAUACAUCUGACGAUCCGUUAAACAAGAUUAAUGAAUGGCAAAUUGAAAUAUGGCAUGUACAGCGAUGGACUUGUCUAUCAUUGAAAGUACCUGAUUACAUCCAUGCAAAGGAUGAUGGUCGGUACUUUGCUACCAAUGAUUCUAAAGAAACAUAUACAGGUUCCAACCUUGAAACCAAUGGUACAAUUGGUCUGUUAAAAAUGAAACAAUUUGGAAAAAUGGAAUUUGAAAAUGAAUUUCGGCCAAUAUUACAUCAUAUUCCACGAGUUGAGAAUAUUUCGGUAUCAGACGAUCAGCAAAUGAUUUUCAUUUACUUCGCGCGCGCUCGCGAUGAAUAUUAUCGUCGUAGUUAUAUGGGUACAUUUGACUGUCGUGAGAAUAAGAAACUCAUACUUAAAAUGCGAUGUUGUCAAGUCCAAUCUUGUGUUCAAGUUGAGCAAUCUGGUCCACCAAUGUUGAUUCCUGGUAGUAAUCGAUUGCUUAUUUAUGAUCGCUCUCAAACACAUAAUGUAUAUGAGUAUAAUUUACAAGGCGAUAAAAUUGCUUGGCAAGAUAUCCCUCAAUCAAAAUCAUAUGAUGAUCUUAAAAGAUCUGAAAUUACCGUCCCCGAAUCUACCGUACCCGAAACUUCCGUCAACAUAUUCAACGAGAUGCUGUCCCAAAAUUGGAUAAUAACCAUUAGCCUUACGACCGGAAAGAAGAUAAUUGAUCGACCUGCAUGUAUUGCAAAAGCUAAUAUUGAGUACUUUGAUGAUGAUUAUCUUUAUGCUUGGGAAUGCGAGGAAUCUAAUUCAAACUCGUAUAGCUUCAAAUGUUAUAAGAUUGGAGAUGGUGAAUAUCAUAUGAAAUUACUGCAAACCAUAAGAUACAAACAUAUGGAAAAAUUAAUCUUUAAAAUAACUAUGAAUUACAACUCUAAUGGAGCCAAUUAUAAUCCUACGAUUGAACAAUCGUCUUUUUCGAAGGAGAAAGUGUUAGUUGAUGCAUGGGGAGAGAGAGAUGCCAAUAUGAUUGCCAAUCUACCGGAAAAAUAUCGUCAUGAAAAUUAUUUUCUACUACUGGAAAAUGGAGACCAUAUAGCAAUAAUUGCUAGAACUAACCAACUAUUCAUGAAAAGAUACAAAGACAAUAUCAAAUACUUCGACAGUCGCACCCAAUUCUUCAACCCUGAAAAUUUAUGGUCGGACAAGCAUUUAAUCCUGUACGAGUAUGAUCGAGUGCAAUCCAAAUUCAAUAUUUAUAAUGCUCAAACACUACAGCUACAAAUCAUUCUACCAUUUACUCACUUCGGUGUCGCGGACAUUCAGUGGAAUCUUCAACAAUCUCAACUCAUCAUUAAGGGUUUUAAGGAUUACUGCUUAGUAACCGUCAUUGAAUAA